ACACCUCCUUGUGGUGGAUAAUUGCGAUGAUAAUGUCAGUCGGACACCAACGUUGCUAGUUAUUGCUUAAUUAUUCUCGCUUAAAAAAUGUGCGGAAUAAUAGGCAGCGUUGUUAUUUUAUGCGUCGGUGCCAUAUUAGUAGUAGUUAGUUGUUUAGUGACUUUUAUUGCUAUUCCGAGUUUAAUCGAAAAUUUUGUAAUAAACUCGGUCGUGCUUUUGGAGGAUACCAUCCAAAUGGAACGAUUCGAGGACGUACCAUUUUAUUUAAACUUUUCCGUAACCAUUUUCAAUAUAAGCAAUCCCAAUGAAGUGCUCAAUGGUGGAGUGGCCGCGGUCGAUGAAUCUGGACCUUAUGUUUACAGGCUGUACCAAGGACGAAACGUCAGUGGACUGGAAGACGACCUUAUAACGUAUCGUAAAACGGAAUAUUUCGAGUUCGACGCGGAAGCCUCCUACCCAUACACCGAAGAUGAUAUAGUCACCAUCAUCAACGUCCCAUAUCACGCUAUCAUCCAAAUUGCUGAACGAAACUUCCCGGAACUGAUGUCCGUACUCCCUCUAGCCAUGAAUGGUAUAUUCGGGCAGUACAACAAUCCGAUCAUGAAUGUCAGAGCAGGUGACCUGGUGAUAGACAAAAUUCCCAUGUGUACUCGUCCAGGAAUCAUCGGCACCAUCGCUUGUGCAGCCAUCAGAGAAAUGGCAUCUACUGCAGACAACAUCGAAGUCCAAGAUGACGGCUCAGUAACCUUCUCAAUUUUAGCUAACAAACAUAACGUAGCAAGUCCCAAAUAUGAAGUGUAUCGAGGGCUGACUGAACCUAGAAACCUCGGAAUAAUAAGGCAUUUCGAUGGGCUACCAUAUUUUAAUUACUGGACCGACGAAGAGGGGGAAGACGGCGAAGUUAUCAAGAGCAGGUGCAAUGACAUCAAUGGAACUGACUCCGGCAUAUUUCCCCCUUUACUGAACAGAAACAAUAAUCUCUACGCUAUCAACACGGAUAUUUGCAGGAGUGUUGAACUACGCUUCCAAGGAGAGGUGGAGUUCGAAGACAUACCAGCUUACAGGUACUCCGCUAAUGAAUGGUUCCUAGACAAUGACGACGGGUGUUUCUGCCUGAACACUACUGCAGGAAUAACUCAAGAAAACGGGUGCCUUUUCAAGGGCGCUAUGGAGUUGUACUCUUGCGUUGGUGGUUUCAUGGUACUCAGCUACCCGCAUUUCUUAUAUGCUGAUCUAAGGUACAGAAACGGCAUAUUGGGAAUGACGCCUAUUGAGGACGACCACAAAAUUUUUAUGGACAUUGAACCCUUGACAGGAACGCCAUUGAAAGGAGCUAAAAGAGCCCAAUUCAAUAUAUUUUCGCGGCCUGUAAAUGGGAUUUCAGCAACACAGAAUUUACGCACGACACUUAUGCCAAUUUUUUGGAUUGAAGAGGCAUUCGAGUUACCUUCUGAAUUUGUCGAUGAAUUAACGACCAGGAUGAUUCGACCACUUCAUUUGCUUAACAUAUUGCUGCCUACAUUGAUCGCCGUCUGCUGCAUGACUUUGUUAGUCGGAAUAAUUCUUACUAUCAGAGCCAAAAGUAAAAAACCUAUUGUACCGACAUCAGCACCAGGAAUUUCACAAUCAAAAUAGAAUUAUACUUUAUAUAUUAUUUUUA